AUGAAUUCAAAAGAAAGGAAACUUAAUGAAUUAUAUGAUUGUAUUGAACAUUCAUUAUCAAUAAUUGCAUAUUAUUGUGUGCAUUUAUUAACACUGUUAUUAUUUGUUUUAAGUACUUUUAAUAUAAUACCCCAAUAUAAUGUAAUAUAUCCAAAUAGUUCUUUAAAGAAUAUUUGUAUACAGAGUAUUAAUUGUUAUUGUUUUUUCUGUAUUGAAUAUUUCUUAAUAAAAUGUAAAAAUACAGCAAAAAAUAAAAUUUCAUUUCGUUAUUAUUCAUUUAAAAGAACAGGAUAUUGUAAAAUAUGUUGUAAAGAAAAAUAUUUAAGAGUUCAUCAUUGUAGAACAUGUAAUUCGUGUACAUUAAGAAUGGACCAUCAUUGCUCAUGGAUGAAUUGUUGUAUUGGACUACAUAAUAUUAGAUACUUUUAUUUGUUCCUUUUAUAUGGAUCAAUAAUUACAAUAACAAACUUUAUAAAAAUUGUAUUAAUUCUUUAUUACCAUUCAUUAAUUCCUAAUUUCUCUUUUGUUCUUUCAUUAAUUGGAUUACUUAUUUCAUUUUCUUGUGGUAUUUCAUUACUUAUUCUCUUAUUAAUUCAAACAAUUUUUAUUUCAUUUAAUUGUACAACUAUUGAAUGUUUACAAUUUAUUUCUUCUCUUCGUUCAGGAGUAUUAUUUAUAAAUAAAUUUAAAAAAUCAUUAUGGAAAAAUUGGUGUGAAGCAUUUUUAAUCGAAGAUUACCAAUGGCAACUUCCUAUUAAAUUUCUUCCUUUUAAUUAA